UGAAGUCUUUUUCAAACAACUUGCGGCUCAGCUGGACCCUGGUUCUCGCAUCUUGGCGGAUUCGAGGCUUUGGGAGACAAGAACCUAGGUGUGGAGCCCAAGUUUGAGGGUGUGACCUGACUGAUGCGGGGAGAGCCCUUGAGGAUCUCAGACUGGAAAGUGUAAAUUCCCGCAGUUCUCAGGCGCUUCGUCUGCGGCAAUAGCCUACCUGGGGUGGGCCCGAUUUGUUCCUGACCCUAGCGGACGAACCCUGGGACGAGGCGGAGUCAGGAUAUGGGGGCACCCUGAGGCCCAGCUACCGGACUUGGGGAGAAACUGAAGAAAAGUGUUGGCGGAGGGUGCCCACGGUUCAAAGGUCAGAGAUCAGGGUAGCGAGGGGUCGAAGGUCAGAGGGGUACUCGGGGAGACAAAGACGGGGACCGAAUGCUCAGGAGACGGAUUUGUGAGUAAGGCGCUUGGAGGAGGGAGAAGCCGGGAGGACGUAGUGCGGGGGAAGCGGGAAGACUCUGGAAAGAAGAGAGCGGAAAGGAAUUCCCUGAGUAUAUCCAUUCCCUGAGUUCGGGCCGCGCCCGGCCUUCCUCAGUUGCAAGCCCAGCUGGUGAGGAGAUGGCUUCUCCCUCCAGACAGCCUCCCCUCGGGGGGUCAGGGCUGCUUCAGGGGAGCCGGGCUCGCUCUUAUGGAAGCCUGGUGCAGUCAGCCUGCUCCCCCGUGAGGGAAAGACGCCUGGAACAUCAGCUGACGCCCGGAGACACCCUGGCUGGACUGGCACUCAAAUACGGAGUGACGAUGGAACAGAUUAAGCGUGCAAACCGCCUUUAUACUAACGACUCCAUCUUCCUGAAGAAAACCCUCUACAUCCCCAUCCUGACAGAGCCCAGAGACCUCUUCAAUGGUUUGGAUUCUGAGGAAGAGAAAGAUGGAGAGGAAGAGGUGCACCCAAGUAAGGAUGAAGUGUGGCCACAGUCGGCCGAGAGCAGCACACAAGAGACGGGUUCAGAUCACGCCAAAGGUGACGUCCUCCCCACACCGGGCCAGGGCGCCCCUGGGCCCACCCACGACCUCUCCGCCUCCGAUUUCCUGAAGAAGCUUGACUCCCAGAUCAGCCUGUCGAAGAAGGUCGCUGCCCAGAAGCUGAGCGGAGGAGAAAGUGGGGCGUCCGGGGAGGACCUGCGUCUCCACCUGAGCUCACCACGGACGCAGCAACGAGCAGUCCUAGGUCCUGUGCCGCUGACCCGGACCUCUCGGACUCGGACACUUCGGGACCAGGAGGAUGAAAUCUUCAAACUCUGACGUCCCCUGAAGUGACUGAGAGAAGCAGGAUCUGGAAGCAACAGCUUGAGGGAGAGAGGAGCCUGAGGUGAGGCUCAAGAACGUGGCUUCCCAGCCUGCCUCCCUCUACUCGGCCAUGUCCCUCAGCCUCCUGUCCAUCAAGAACUGGAGGGCAUUUUGGGGGCAAAAGUAGGAGAUGACAACUAGAUCCCUUCGCAGUUCUUGGCUGAAUGUGGCCUUGUCCUUUUAGAUUCGGGUGGCUUUUUACAUCCCUGCUGCCCUGCACCCUUCCCUGCCCUCAGAGCAGGGAAGCAGAGCCUCCCCUUCAACUUCCCAGCUCCAACUGCGUCACCUAAUUUAUUUGGUGCUAUAUUGAGUGAUAUUUAUUUGCUGUAUCUAACUCCUUCCCACUCUUACCCUAAAAAUGGGGUUUCCAUAGCCCAGAAUCAGGAGUCAGUGGCUGCUGGUUUCCCACCUUCCCCAGCUCCUCUGCCGAGUACGUUACUGAGUACGGAGAAUCUUUUCCUCUGUCUCAAAAUGGAGCAUUUGAGCUCAGUCUGGGUUUUUUGAGACAGGGUCUCACUCUGUAGUAAGGCUGGCCUUGGGUUCACUCUGUCGCUCAUGCCGGGCUCGAACUCAGGGCAAUCCUCCUGCCUCUGCCUCUCAAGUGCUGGGAUGACAGGCGUGCGCCACCACGCCCAGCUUGGGAUCAGUCUUGACUAACCGUUUCCCUGUGACGUGUUCACAGCUCUUGCUCUGAGAACAAGCAGCAGAGCACAGUGGAGAGGACCUGACCCUCUCCGUUACCCGUUCACCCUUCUAACCCAUCCUCUGCUCAACCUGCUGGGGGGCUGAGGGAUGGAAGGGGUCACCGGCCGUCGGGCUGGAGGAGGGCACCGUGAAGGUCUCUGUUGCACACCCCAACCAGAGCCUGUCUAUGCCUUACUCCAGACUGUGUGUUUAUGUGCGACGUGUAGCACUGAUCUGCAGUGCAGUUUGUGUUUUGUUUCUCAAACAGAAGAAGUAGGCAAGGGAAGCUCAGUAGUCCCGGAAAUAUGCCUCAGUCUCCUGUUUGGAAGUGGUGAGAGGCGAGAUAAGCAGUCUGUAUACCGCCUUUCCUGUGACGGUACUGAGGCGUAGGAGCUGCAGAGAUUAAACGCUGAGCCCUGUGUGUGUUUCAGUAGUUUUAUUUCCCCAGUGAGACUCCCCGGCUCGCCCCUUCUUUCUGCAUCCUGAGACGGAGCCUCCAGGAUCUCUCCAGUCUGCCUAGAGCUGGAGGGCUAGGGUGUCCCUAAGGGCCACUGUGCCCCUUCCGUCCUUAGUGUCCCCGAGGGUCAUGUGCGUUCUGUCCCUUUUGGUUUGUAGGUGAGGGGGCUUCCCAGUUUCAGGAGUCCCUUGUGG